UAAUUCAACUAGAAGCAGAAAUGGUUGAGUUGGAAGAUUUUUCUGUAGAGUGAUAUUAACAUGGGAAGGCUUAGAUGGAAGAAGACUAGAUUUGAAAACCCCUGGGCCUGGGGAAAGGUGGGAAGACUUGGACUACAGAACAUAUUAGAAUACCUGGAUACUACAGACCUGAAUGUUAGAAGAUCAGCACACUGGAGACGUCGGAAGACAUGGAUAUUGAGCCAUUGAUGGAAGACUGGGUAGGUGUUGGAAGACCUGAAGAUGUUGGAAGACAUGAAGAUGCUGGAAGACACACAAAUGCUGGAAGACGUGGAGAUGUUGGAAGACAAGCAGAUUCUGGAAGCCCUGGAGAUGCUGGAAGACAUGGAUUUGUUGGAAGACGUCGCUUAGUUGGAAGACAUGGCUUCAUUGGAAGACAUGAUUUUUCUGGAAGACGUACCUUUGUUGGAAGACGUACCUUUGUUGGAAGACGUACCUUUGUUGGAAGACGUACUUUUGUUGGAAGACACAGGUAGGCUGGAAGACAUUAAUUUAAUGGAAGACAUGGCUUUUUUGGAAGACGUGGAUUUGCUGGAAGACACGGAUUUCCUGGAAGACCUGGAUUUUUCGGAAGCCAUGUAGUUGAGGGAAGACAGAUUUGUGGAAGACAUGGACAGUCUGGAAGACCUGGAUACUUUUGGAAGACGUGGAUUUUCUGGAAGACAUGGCUUUUUUGGAAGACGUAGAUUUUCAGGAAGACCCGAAUUAUCCGGAAGACCUGGAUUGUUUGGAAGACGUGGAUUUUCUGGAAGACUGGGAGGUUACUGGAAGACACGAAUUUUCUGGAAGACAUGGACUUUCUGGAAGACGUGGAUCUUCAGGAAGACAUAUAUUGGCUGGAAGACCUGGAUUUUUUCCGGAAGACGUGGAUUAACUGGAAGACCUGGAUUUGGUGGAAGACGUAGAUUUUUCUGGAAGACACUGACUGACUGGAAGACCUGGAUUUCAUUCUGGAAGACUGACUGGAAGACCUGGAUUUCUUUCUGGAAGACACUGAUUGACUGGAAGAUCUGGAUAUUUCCGGAAGCACUAGAUUUAUUGGAAGACUUGGAUUUGGUGGAAGACAUAUUUUUCUGGAAGACAUGGAUUAGCUGGAAGACGUGGAUUUUCCUGGAAGAUCUGGAUUUGUUGGAAGACCUAUAA